UUAGUCCUUCAUUAUGAUGGGGAGAGACUAGGAGUGGCGGCGUUUGACUGACAACGUCACUAACCAAUCACCAACGAGCCGGCACUGCGAGGCGGAGCCCGUUUUGAAGUGCAUUUGUGCACUUCUUCAAGAUGGCGGGGCUACGAAUAAAUCUGCCAGAGGAAUCCGCAGGAGAAUGGUGAUCAUUGUCUUGAUCCCACAUUAGGCUGAAUGCAUUGUGAUUUCCAAUAAUUGAGACAGUGAUUCUGAAAGCUGUCUACAUUAAUGAAAAGAACAAUGUAGUCAGCUUAGCAUAUCCAUCUCUGAUACGUGUUAUAUUCUGGAAUGUGCCUCUGCAUGCAUUCUGCUUUUAGAUAAGGACAAAUAAACAGGGUAGAUUUAAGUUAAUUCAUAAGUUUUAAUUCUAAAUUAAUAAAAAUGGAAAUAGAUGACAUUCUUCCACCUCUCCCUUUGGAGCCACCUAAUGAUUUUGGCCAAGAUGAGGGCAGAGCACCUCCACCACCUCCCCUGCAAACGUCCAGUGACGCAGAGGUAAUGGACGUUAGCUCUGGUGGUGAUGGAUACAUAUGCACCCUAGAGGAUGGGGAAGCCAAACCACAGCAGCCCCUCAGCACUGGCACAAUUGUUUUCUGUAGCCAGCCCUCAAAUGAGGCCAGUCACACCAACCCACUGUGCCCCAGAACAGCUCGUCACGCUCCCCCUGUAACCAAGUUCCUACCAGAUCUCAAGCUGCUCAGGGAUGUUAAGGUUCGUGUUAGCUUCACUGAAAGCAGCUGUAGCAAAGACAGGAAGGUUUUGUAUACAGGUGAAGGGCAAGAGAGAGGCAGCGAUGAUUGUUUAGACAAUGUGAAUGGUGAGUUGGCUUUCUCCUCAAGUGAUCAGUGGGCAGCCGAAGAUAGUUCAAGAACAGCACAUGGAGCAGGUAGUGUUGAGGAGGCUGAGGUAGACCUUGAGAACAAAGUAGAGUAUGCCGUCCUGGAUGAGUUGGAUGACAUCUAUGAAAAUUUCGUGGAUAAUGAAGAUGAAGAAAGUGGCGGUUUUAAGUCCGAGGUCAUAGUUCAGCAGGAGCAAGCAGACGAUGAGUCCAUGGCUUAUGAGGAGGAAUUUGACAAUGACGUUGACGCUCUGCUAGAGGAGGGCAUGCCGGUCCCAAAAAAGAUGCGUCCAGCAGAGGACAAAUAUGAUGGUGACAGCGAUCAUCGGUCAGAUGGAGAAGGAGGUGUUCAACCCAUGAUGACCAAAAUUAAAACUGUCUUGAAAAGUCGGGGACGUCCACCCACUGAGCCACUUCCUGAUGGAUGGAUCAUGACAUUCCACAACUCGGGCAUUCCAGUCUAUCUGCACAGAGAAACUAGAGUAGUAACUUGGUCCAGACCCUACUUCCUUGGAACUGGCAGCAUACGGAAACACGAUCCUCCAACCAGCAGCAUUCCCUGCUUACACUAUAAGAAGAUGAAGGAACAUGAUGAGAAGGAACUGAAUGGCAAUGUGGAUCCUCAAGCAGAGGAGUCCCCUGUUAAGCCCAGAGUGGAGGCAAAUGGUGACGACCAUGUAGCGAACUCCGAGAACACAGCUGAGGUGCACGAUAAUGUGCCCGCCUCCAGUCCUGCUAACGGUGACCUAGAGGGUGAGGGCAUUACCAACCACAGUCAGCCUGGUAAAGAGGCCCAAGCAUGCGACAUUGCUCAAGGAGCCCUAGGACAAGUCAGGGCCAAAGUGGAGGUGUGCAAGGAUGAGUCCAUUGAACUUGAAGACUUUCGCCUAUACCUGGAAAAGUGCUUUGAUUUUGAACAAGUGACGGUGAAGAAAUUCCGCACGUGGGCGGAGCGACGGCAGUUUAACAGAGACAUGAAGAGGAAACAGGCUGAAUCAGAGAGGCCAAUCCUGCCUGCAAACCAGAAACUCAUUACACUGUCAGUCCAAGAUGCCCCGACUAAGAAAGAAUUUGUCAUCAAUCCCAAUGGGAAGUCUGAAGUUUGCAUCUUGCAUGAAUAUAUGCAGCGUGUCCUAAAGGUUCGGCCUGUUUACAACUUCUUCGAAUGUGAGAACCCAAGUGAACCCUUUGGCGCGUCUGUCAUCAUAGACGGCGUCACCUACGGCACAGGGACAGCAAGUAGUAAAAAACUUGCCAAGAAUAAAGCUGCAAGAGCCACACUGGAAAUCCUGAUCCCUGACUUUGUGAAGCAGACCUCUGAGGAAAAGCCUGUUGAGGCAGAUGAACUUGAGUAUUUUAAUCAUAUCAGUAUAGAAGAUUCGAGAGUGUAUGAGCUGACCAACAAAGCGGGGCUUCUUUCACCGUAUCAGAUACUUCAUGAGUGCCUUAAAAGAAAUCAUGGGAUGGGAGACACUAGCAUAAAAUUUGAGGUGAUACCAGGGAAGAAUCAGAAGAGUGAAUAUGUGAUGACUUGUGGGAAGCAUACUGUGCGUGGUUGGUGCAAAAACAAGAGGGUUGGCAAACAGUUAGCAUCUCAGAAGAUCUUGCAGAUGCUUCAUCCUCAUGUGAAGAACUGGGGCUCACUGCUGCGAAUGUAUGGCCGAGAGAGUAAUAAAAUGGUCAAGAAGGAGAGCUCAGACAAGAGUGUGAUCGAGCUGCAGCAGUUUGCUAAAAAGAACAAACCAAACCUUCAUAUUUUGAACAAAUUGCAAGAAGAGAUGAGGAAACUGGCCGCACAAAGGGCGGAAACGAGGAAGAAACCCAAGAUGACCAUCAUGGAAUCUGCCCAGCCAGGAAGUGAGCCUCUCUGCACUGUUGAUGUUUGAGGAGCCUAGCCAGACACCACACUCACCCUCUUUCAGCACUGCAUCAUCGCUAUGUAGGAUCACGUCGUCAUGCUGUUAGAACUGCUUGCUUCUUUUACCUGUGUGUAGUUGGAUUGGCUGGUAGACAUCAGGGUAGGACAUAAUGCACUAACAGACCGUAGCCCAAAUACCAUCUACCUCUCUAGAUGCAUCCCAGCUAUGGUACAAGAAGAAAGUCCUCCAGGGUGCAGAUAAGGUGGCAUGACUUAAACAUGGUAAAAAUACAAUCCAUGCACAUCUUGACUGCAAGAAGCACUAUCUACCAUGUUUUUUUUUUUUAAAGUGUCUUAAUAGCUCCAUUUCAGUACUAGCCCCUGUGUUUUUGCGAUUGCGUAACAUAUUUGAAAGGGACUACUUGUAUUUAUACCGUUCCAUCGGGAAAUGAAAUUAUGUAUUUUAUUGGUUGGUGUUAUGGCUAGUAUGGGGAGUACACAUUUGGUGUUUUUCUUCAGAAUUGACUUGGUUUGCAUGCUUGAAAACAUGUUGUGAAGUGAUGACUAUUCUGAACAAUUAUGCACCUGCCCCGUCUAAAAAUCACUCCUUUCUAGUGAUCUUUCGUAUUCUAACAAAUUUGUCCCCCACCAUUUUGCUCAACCCCAGGCCACACACUGCCAUUCCCUUUGGUCUUGGCUUUUCAACACAAUAUUUGGUACUAAUUAACAUGUCAUUCACUUUGCAUUUUGGUGCCCUUAACCUAAAUUGUGUACGUCAUGAAGGGCUUUGAAGUGUAUAGAUUGGACCUAAAACCAGGAAUUGAAAAGCCCAAAUCCCCUCUAUGAAAUAAAGCAUUUAUCUAGCAAAUUUGUAUUUUUAAAGUAUGUCCACAGCAUGUGUUAAGAUAUGUCUUAAUGUACUUUGUAUUGGUUUUGUGUUUACCAUUCUUUGCAAAGCUGACCAUGCGUAUGACCUUAAAUAUAAAUAUUGCGCAGAAUGCAACCUUGCAAAAUUGAGUUGGAAGGCUGACAUCAAAAUUCAGUCACGUCAUUUAUUCCAACACAAGCUUCUGAAACUAUACCAAAGCCUAAAAUCCAGUCAUAUGCAUUUUAUAGACUACCUAAUGUUGCUGCAAACUAUACAGUCACAAAAAAAUCUGUAUAAGAUAAAAAGACAUGCUAAAAUAGAAAACUGCUGUGCAUUUACGUAUUUGGCUUGUGACAUCCUUCAGAUUUUUGCUUCAAGAAUGUGCUUUUUUUUUUUGUCAAGUGUUUCAGUGUGAGAAUUUCUUUUACAUGUUAUGCUCUUGACUUGUUUGGGAUGAUGAUGCCUACAAAAUGAAGUACAGUAUGUCUUGCAACAGGAACUCUAUGACUCGUGAUGUUUGUAAUGCAAAAUAAAAUGUAUUGACCUAAA